AUGAGCCGGUCACCAAGAUUGUCACCGUGGCUGGUGGUUGCCUGUGCUAUUACCGGCGCUUGGGCGAGCAAGAAGCCGUUCAACAUUAAUGACGAUAUUCUGGCCUAUCCCCAGUUCCAAGUGACAUUCCCCGAGGAAUAUGUGCUUGAAUCUCACGCCGAGGCAUUGCUCCAGUCUCAGGCCAGCCCCAACGUCGAUGACCAAAAUAAUCCCCAACUUUACAGGGGCAAAGGGCAAACCGAUUCUGCCGAACAUCUUGUGGAUGGAUCUCCAUUUACCUAUGAAGAAAUGGUACUUGAGGAUCGGCGACUUCUCUGCCAGAUCCCCCGCGUCGCACAAGACGACCACAAUACAACGAGAGACCAAGAACAAGGCAAGGUCGACGAACAAAAAGAAUUAGCUCGUGCAACAGAUCGUGGCCUGGAGCUCUUACGCGAGAUGGAAGGAAAAUGCAUGUAUUAUUUCUCCGGCUGGUGGUCUUACUCCUUCUGUUAUCAGAAGCAGAUUAAGCAAUUCCAUGCACUCCCCGCUGGUCGCGGUGUCCCACACUAUCCGCCAAUUGAAGAUACCGCGACUCAUUCGUUCAUAUUGGGGAGAUUCAUUGAUGACAGGGAUGAAGACAAGCCAUCUGCCGGAUCAGACGUGGCAGAGCUUCAUACUAAGGGUGGCUCACGCUACCUGGUUCAACACCUACGUGGCGGGACCAAGUGUGAUUUGACGGGACGUGAGCGCAAAGUGGAAGUGCAGUUCCACUGCCAUCCACAGUCGACAGAUCACAUCGGCUGGAUUAAGGAGCUUACCACGUGCUCGUAUCUGAUGGUCAUCUAUACCCCUCGUCUAUGUGAUGAUGUUGCUUUCUUGCCACCACAACAGGACGAAGUGCACAAUAUUGAGUGCCGUGAAAUCUUAUUGCCCGACGAAGUCACCGAAUGGGAAGCUAUCAAAGAGUGGUACAUGGUUAACCACCUCGCCGAUGGAGCUACAGACGCUGAGGCGGAUGCCACUCACCCUGAGCUUCCGAUAAUUGGUGGAAUUGAAGUUGGAGGGCGCAAGCUUGUCGGUAUGGAAGGCAAAGUGAUUGAAAGGGGACGUGUGGCAUCCGCAGGCGAAGAGCGAGUGGAGGUGGUCGCGAAACGCGAGAAUGGUGAGAUUCGCAAAGUGUCCAAGCAGGUCCUAAUAAAGUACGAUCUUGACCCAGAGAAAGUCGAAGAGAUGAAAAGACUACUGGAAGAACAAGCAAAUGGCAAGGACUGGACGUUGGAGGUCGUGGAAAGCAACGGCGUGAUCAAGUUCCAAGGCAUCCUCGAGGAAGAAGACGAGGACUGGAAUGUCGAUUCUUCUCCAGCGAAACCUCGCGAGGGAAAAGCCUCCGAGAACUCCGCGGCCCAGAAGCCCAAGAAGCAAGGAACAGAGCCGGUUGACAAGCCCAAAUCGAAGCAAUCUUCGGAGAAGCCUCGAGGAAGCGAAGGGAGUGAGGAGACUUUUAAAGAUGAACUAUGA